AUAUUUCAGUUUUUACAAUCAAAUGUGUGGGUUUUCGCAGGCCACCAGGAAUAUUUGUCAACUGGGAUCUGUUUUUUUCUUCAACUUUUUCUCAUUUUUCACACUUUCCGCUCUAUCACAAACAAUUGUCGAAAGUGUAGCCGAAGAAAAGGGAAUAAAUCGACAUGCGGGUUAUUACAGUGCGUUCCUCACAUAUCUUGUCUUCACAUUUGGUCAUUUCGUCGCCACACCAAUUGUGGAAAUAAUAACACCGAAAUGGUCAAUUGUCAGUGGAUUAGUGGGUUAUGCAAUGUUUGAAGCUGCAUUUUUGUGGAUGAACGAGUACUUUUUAUAUUUCUCUGCAGCUUGUGCAGGAUUUUCUGGAUCGUUAUUGUGGACUGGUCAAUUUGAUUAUUUGGCUCAAAACUCUCAACCACACACUUUGGAUCGGAACUCCUCUAAUUUAUGGGGACUGUCACAAACAUCAUUAAUAUUUGGUGGUGCUUACCUACUUAUUUUGUACCGAUUUCAGACUGGAAAUGAGUUUGAGAUGCCUUUGAUUCGUCUAGUCGUUGGCUCAUUUUUUAUCUGCACGCUUGUUUCCAUUGCCAUCGGACUUUUCCUUCCUCAGCCCGCAUUCAAAGUGGAAAAAUAUAAAAUUGCAUAUUUUAAACAUCUUUCUGAAAUCGUAAAAAUUUCAUUUGACCGAAACUUGAUGCUACUAUUCUUCAUGUUUUUGUACACUGGAUUGGAAUUAUCUUUCUUUUCUGCAGUAUUUCCUACAAUGGUCUCAUUCACAAAAUCUCUGGGAAAUACUAGAGAUUUAAAUGCUAUUUCAUCUAUUUUUGUCGGAAUCGGAAAUGUUUCUGGCUGCUUUGCAUUGUCUGUUCUUGGCUCUCGUGUUCGAGAAUUUGGGAGAAAGAAAAUGGUUUUGUUGGGUUCCAUUCUUCACAUGACAUGUUUCCUGUUGACGUUUUUGAUGUUCCCCGAUGAAUCUCCGUUGAAGCCAACCGAAGCUUUGGGUUACAUUUUGCCGAGUCCGUAUAUUAUCUUAGUGUGCGGUUUUCUUUUGGGAGUUGGUGACACAAUAUUCAAUCAACAGUGUUACACUAUUUUGAGUGAUAUUUACGAUCAUGACAAGCGAAUCGAAGCUUUUGCAGUUUAUAGAUUCUAUCAGAGCGCUGCCAGUUGUGUUGCCAUGUUCUAUUCAGCUCAUGCUCUUUUGAGAACGCAUGUUAUUAUUCUUUCAAUGUUUUGCGUAAUAGCUACAGCUACGUUUUUUGGAGUACGGGUUCCAGAAAAAUAUCUAGUAAACCCAAGUGCCGAAAUGCUGGAAGUUAAAGAAUGUGAGCAGCAGGAAAAACUCAUGAUCUAA